AUGGCUGGGGAAACAGCACUAGCGCGACAAUUAAAGAAACUCUCUGUGCCACAGACGUCUGCGUUUACUCAAGAUAAAAUCAGAAAGUCUUUUCUUUUUGAUCAUCGAGAUGCUGCAUCUCUAGAUCGUGAUGUUAUAUUUGCAUACGGUGUUACAGGAUUCGAAAAAUUGAACUUGAUCAGUCCUCUCUUUGAAAAGUAUGGAAAGAAUCUGUUUAGCACGAAGUAUAAGGAUUUUGAACGAUCUGUUCAGACUGCAGACGUCAACAAAAAAUUGGAUGCCAAAAUCAAUGAUUUCCUAACUCUCUUGUCACCAUAUUUUUUGAUCAGAGCUGCUCACGAGGCGCUUGAGUGGUUAAUAUAUAGAUUCCAUAUCCAUUUAUAUAACACUGAUGCUCUAAUGUCUUCAGCGUUGCCACAUUUCAAUUCUUCUGUGUUUGUGCGCGUUGUUCAACUUCUUACACUUGACAAUGAAAAUAACAGGUGGUUUUGGUUGAAGCCCAUUCAGACAUCUGGCUCCCAUUUAGAGUAUUCUGCAAUAUUAAAUCGCUUUAAUUCUGAUGGUGGAUUUAGGAAAUUGAUCUGCGGUUUAGCUCCCAAGAUUUUAACAGUUUACGGUGCAGAGAAUGCAGCUGUUGCAGUUCCAAUAAUUUCCUUCUCUACUUUGACUGUUUACUGUGCCUUAGACAGAUGUAAGAAUAUUGGUGACAGCCUUAUUUUAUUUUUGCUUCCUUACAUUUUAAAAGGCUUAAGUUCGGGUGUAAAUAAGUACAUUGCAAGUACUUAUCUAAUAAUAUCCAAAAUUAUUGUCAAUGUGAAAUUAUCAAAUAAGAUUAUUGAAGAGUUAUUAAUUAAAAUUUUCCUGAAUUUAAACAAAGAUCUCAUGAAAGAAGCAUUGGAAUUAGUGAUACUCAUCUAUCAACAGCAGUCUAAACAACAAACAAUCAAAUCAAAAAAAUUGAAGAGGUCUUUAAAGGAAAAAGUAAAAUAUGUUAUAAAAAGCCUAGAACUAAAUUAUCCAGGCUAUUUUGACAAAGCAUUAAAUAUGUUCAUGCAGAAAAAGUCACCUUUCAGGAAUAAAAUUACUAAAAAAUUAUUGAAUGAUUCUGUUUGUAGCAUAAAAUUUAAAGUGCUUCAAGAUGCAAAAACAACACUAGUGCUUGGUUUAAAUCAUCCAAAUCAACAUAUCAGAAGUCAAUCGAUUAAAAUGCUGUUGCAAGAAGUUGCGGAAGGUGUAGAACAUGAUGUGUUUGUGAAAGAACUUUUAUUUGAUCGUUUAUUCGAUGAAUCAACUGAAAUAGUGGAAGAGUUAUUAAGUUUUCCUGAAGUGCUGAUUUCAGUGCUGGGUAAAGAAAAAUUAUUAAAUGCAGUUAUAAAUAUUUCAAGUACAGAUAUGCAGCGUGAUUCUAAGUGGUAUCCUGUUCACAUGCAAUGUCUUAAUUUACUCUGUGGGUAUUUUUCGGACACUUUCGAGCAAGACCAUCAGUUUGAAAACCUGCAACAAGUAUUUUGGUUCUUAUCAGUAACUUGGUUGAACGUUUCUGGGAGCAUUUCGCAUGGUAUGCAAAUAACAGCCAUCAAAAAUGCUUGCUUGGUGUUUCCUAACGAAAAAAGUUUGAACUGGUUGUUUGAGGAUCCUCUCUAUUUACUUGUUAUUAUGCAUUCUGCUUCAUCUGCUGUUGAUGAAAUUCGCCAAUCUGCUUUAUCUCUACUGUCAUCUGUUAUACAACACGUGGAUGCAGGGCAGAAUAUUUGGAUGUCACUCUUUAAGGAAAUAUGUGCAAAUGCCGAAGAAAUUCAGACAGACCACAGACAAUUUCAAUAUGUCACAAGUAACUGGUUACGUCCUGCUAUUGAAGAUUCAAAAUCUGGCCAUUCAGAAAUAAAUUCUAAAAUUGAGAUUCUGGAUGUCCUCUUGAAAUGUUUAUCUGAGAAAUCUACUCCAUAUUUAUUUAAACAUUUUAUUUUGAAUUGCUUAGAAAGUUUAGAUAGCAUCAAACUGUUAUUGGCUUAUGUACCAGUUUUAAAAGAAAUUCUUCCUGACUGUAAAAAUGCCACGAAAGAGUCUCACAUUGAUUUAGUCUCCCUACUGUUAAAAAAGUUUACACCAUUAACAGCCAAAGCAUUAGCUGAUGAGAAAAUUGCAAACGUUUUAAUUGAUUAUUUACAAGUGACUGUGGAUGGUGAUACCAAGACUCACAAACCAAUUCAUCUGGUUGCUCUAGAUGUCGUUAGCAAGGAUUUCUUUUCUGCUCUACCUUCUGAUUUGUUAAAGAAAAGGAUAUUGGAAAUUCUUCUGAAUCUGUACAUAAAUUCCACAUCUAGAGAUAAUUCUAAAAUUGGAAAAACACUGAAAAAAUUAUGUACAUUUGCACAUCUGCUUCUCAGAGAUUUUGAGUUUGGUGAUGAAAAGGCAAAUAAAAUUGUCACAACGCUAAAAGAGGCUAAGAGAUCUAAAUUAGACAACACAGAAAAGGAAGUGUCAUUUGACAGCUGUUCAUGGAAACAGAUUAUUGUUUUAUUAGAAAUAGUACAAAAUAAAUCUAGAUUAGAUAAAAAGGAACUUCUCAUUCCUAUACUUUUCAACCUUUUAAAUAAAACUUUAUCCGUUGAAAAUCAGCCACAGUUAGAGUAUUUAAGGCAACUCAUUUUAUCUACAAUUCAUAAUUGCUGUGAACAGUUGGGCACGGCAGGUUUAGAUGAACGUCAGUUCAGGGUUGAAAUAAUUGUUCAAUGCAUCAGGACAUCGACCAGUCCAAAAACACAUCACCAAUCUUUAUUACUCCUUAAUUUAGCAGCAAGCAUGUUUCCUGAAUAUGUUUUGAAUAAUGUUAUGUCUAUUUUUACUUUUAUGGGAAACACUCUAGUUCGUCAAGAUAACAGUUAUAGUUUUCAAGUGAUAUCGCAAACUAUAGAAACAAUUGUCCCCGCUUUCCUAGAAGCCAGCAGUCGGCAGACAGACAGUGAGAGCACACAGGCGGUUGCAGCGAUGAUUCGAGUUUUCGUGGAUUCUUUAGUAGACAUCCCAGGACAUCGACAAUUGCCGGUGUUUACAAAGUUACUUACUACCUUGAACCCUUCCAAAUAUUUGUGGAUUCCUCUUGGACAAAUUUGCGAUCAGUAUGCUUCAGUUUUCCAUGACAUAGUGCUAGAAGAUGUAAACAAUUGUAAAAUCUCACCAAUAUUAGAUUUUGCUGUAAGUUUACAUAGACAUUUCUCACCCCGUGAUCAGAUUAUUACGUGCAUCAAUCUUCUGAAAUUUGUUGAGAAUUUGCCUGAUUUUAAAGCAGAUUUUGAUCCCAAGCAGCAUUUAAACUGCAAGGAACCUUUUGAUGUUGCUAACCAUUCUGAAAAGCAGUUGCAAGUUUAUAAACAAAACAUUUUGUCCUAUAUGAGCAUUUGGCUGUCUUCGCCUAUGUUCAUCAGCCAAAUUUCGGAGUUAAAUUUAAAAGACUUAGCCAGCUUAAAAGGAGAGUAUGAGAAUUUAUUGGAAAUCACAUUAAAUUAUUUACAACAUACUCUUCAACUACAGUCGUCAUCUGGUAAAAACAAACCUGAACUAAAUAACCUAACUUUACUUCUGUAUGAUUUAGUUUCUCACAUUAAUUCCCUAUUGCCAAUAGAGUUAUUCAUCAGAGUUAUUCGCCGUUUACUUCGAAAUAAUGAAAACGCCAUCCAAAGCAAAGCCAUUGAGUUAUUAAAUGCAAAAGUAGAACAGCAGUACCACCUUUUUACGGACGAAAAUUCUUUGCUGUUAUUAAAAAUUAUGAAACCCUUGAUAAAGAUUGUUACACUGGAAGGAGAAGAUAAACCCAGUUUAAAUCAGCAAGCUGCUUUGUAUUCUUUGCAACUUUUGACCCAAAAAAUAGGUUUUCGUCAUCCGGCAAAGUUUUAUAAAGUGCUGAAAGUAACUGUGAACAUUUUAGGCAAUGUAUCUGAGUCGUCUGAGCUGACACUCAAUGCUUUACUAUGCCUUGCGCAGCUAUGCAAUUGCUUGAAUGUUGCUGUCCUUCCUCACAUAAAUUCCUUCAUGCCCAUAGUUGUGAACCUCAUUGGAAGCAAAGGAAUAAAUGAAAGUGAUGAGUGUUUGGUUCUUGCUGUUAUUACAGUCAUCCAAAGUCUUGUUGAAAAUCUCGGAGCAUUCCUUAGCAGCUUUAUGCAAACCCUUGUAUAUCAAAUCUCUCUGCUGUGUGCAAAGUAUUCUGAAACAGGAAAAAAAUCCAUUUGUGAAAAAUUGAAAACAACACAAGUACUUCUUUCUAAGGAAAUCGCUUUAAGGGUUUUGUUGACUGCUAUUGCAGAUAGCUACACGAAGCUUCAAUCAGAUGAUAAAAAUGCCAUUGUUGCAUUAAUGCAAAUUCUUGAUGAAAAAUUGAAUUUUUCAAGCUACGAUGAUGUUACGGCUUGCUCACUGCAGUUGCAGAAGUUUUAUAUUUCAAUUCUAGACUUUAGGCACUUGAAUUCAGAAGAUGCAAUUGCACGAAAUACAGUUGUUUUAAUUGAAGAUAAUAUUAUAAACACGCUGAAAACGUUUGUCAUGAAGUUAUCUGUGACACAUUUCCGCAAUUUUUUCCAGAAACUGUACCAGUGGUCUUCGGCUUCCGAGGAGGACAAAUAUCACGUACAUAAAGUUUUUACUUUUUAUAAAAUCACAUAUGAACUGUCAAAAUCUCUUAAGAACUUGUUUGUCACAAUGUCAAAGGUUUUUUUGAGACAAGCUGCAUCAUUAUUAGAUUUGAACAACUCAUCAAAAACUGAAAAUAGUUUUUUUGAAAAUGAUGAAUCCAUGUCUUCUCAACUUUUAGUUCAUAUAUUAGACACAUUAAAUUUUUGUUUCUUGUAUGACGAUGGUAAGCUUUUGGACAAAGAAUAUUUUGAUGCUGUGAUGCAGCCUAUUGUUGACCAACUAGAAAAUCUAAGUGCAGAUGAUCUUUAUCAAAAAAGAAUUGAAAACCAUUUGGCAAGUUGCGUUGCUCAUUUGAUGACAGCAGUUUCUGAUAAUAAUUUAUGGAAAAAACUUAACUAUCAAAUUUUGCUCAAGACAAGACAUGAUUCUCCUAAAGUUAGGUUUGCUGCCCUUCAAGUCAUCAGAGAAGUAGUAAAAGAGAUGGGAGAUAGUUAUCUUGUGCUGCUGCCUGAAUCCAUUCCUUUCUUGGCGGAAAUGAUGGAGGACGAAAGCUCGGAAGUGGAGGAGGAAUGCCAAUCAGUUAUUAUUGAAAUGGAAAAAAUAUUAGGUGAACCAAUAAGGAAGUAUUUUUAACCAAUAAGAAAUGUUACCCAAAGUAGUUUUUUUCGUAAGCAUAAAUAGUCAAACCUUGCUGUAACGAAUCCUCAGCAGACUGGCUUAGGAGAUUGCUAUAACUGCAGGUUUGCAUUUGCUACAUCCGAUUUUUCAAAAGAAAAAAAACAUUCACACUUGCUAAGACACUUCUAUAAUUAAUUUCUUUAUCAAACGAUAUUUCUAUUAGUAAUUAAAAUAAAAUUAAGCAAAAUAUUAGUAAUGCCUAUUCCACUCAAUAAUGAACAAGCUAAUUACAGUGAAACCUGUUUGUAAGAGUACUGUCUGUAACAAUAAACCUGUCUAUAGCGAUAUUUUCCUUGGUCCCAUCAAAA